GUUUGGCAGAAGUGAAUUAGUUUAGAUCUUAACACUCCGUUGUGGGUCAUAGAUACUGAGAUGUUUAGCAUUAGUGAACUGUGCUGCAUGUUCUGCUGCCCACCGUGUCCUGGACCAAUUGCUGCAAAACUAGCUUUUCAACCGCCUGAGCCAACAUACAAAUUGACUGCUGCCGAUGACACAAAUAUUAAAUACAAUUUACAGCUAUAUGAUCGUGCUGAGUGGCAGUACUCGGAACGUGAAAAAUCGAAAAUUGAGGCAUUUUUUACCCGUACAUCGCGUGGAAAUUUGAUCACUUGCACAUAUGUUCGUUGUAGCAAAAAUGCAAAAUAUACUCUGCUCUUUUCUCACGGAAAUGCAGUUGAUUUGGGACAAAUGAGUAGCUUUUAUUAUCUUCUUGGAUCACAAAUUAAUUGCAAUAUAUUUGGUUAUGAUUAUUCGGGGUAUGGCAUGAGCGGUGGAAAGCCUUCAGAAAAAAAUUUAUAUGCAGAUAUCGAAGCUGCUUGGCAAGCGAUGCGAACCAGGUUAAACAUUAGUCCAGAAACUAUAAUAUUAUACGGCCAAAGUAUAGGAACAGUUCCAACUGUUGAUUUAGCAUCACGUUACGAAGUUGGUGCGGUCAUACUUCAUUCACCCUUGAUGUCGGGUCUAAGAGUUGUUUUCAGGAACACAAAGAGAACUUGGUUUUUUGAUGCUUUUCCCAGUAUUGAUAAAGUUGCUAAAGUGAAAUCACCAGUUUUGGUUAUUCAUGGAACUGACGACGAGGUCAUUGACUUUUCCCAUGGAAUUGGUAUUUACGAGCGUUGUCCUAAGACUGUGGAACCAUUUUGGGUGGAGGGAGCUGGUCAUAAUGAUGUUGAACUACACCCGCAAUACUACGAACGAUUGAGAAAGUUUCUGUCCGUGGAGUUAAUUAAAUGACAAUUAAAGAUAAAUGUCGAUGGAAGUGUUUGUAAUAACACGUCUGAUGGAGCAAAUUAUUCGAAUCCUCUAACAGCAAACGUAAAAUUAAGUGAAAAACCUCCAACCACUCCGGACGCGACAGAAAA